AUGUCAGACGAAGAUGAAGAGAACUUAUGUCCUCUCUGUGUCAAUAAUAUGUCAAAGGACGACAGAAAGUUUAAGCCUUGUCCUUGUGGAUAUCAGAUAUGUGUAUUCUGUUUAGAACGUAUCAAUGACACAGACAAGAGAUGUCCAGCAUGUCGUAAGCCUUAUGAUGCAGAGCACUACUCCUAUCUGUCCGACUCGGAGGAGGAGGAAGAGGAGGAGAGUGAGGACGAGCGAAGAGGCCGCAGCGGCAGCUAUAGAUACAAGUCAUCGAAUCAAUUGCAAUCGAGCACAUCGAGCUCAGGAUCUGGUGCAACAAACUCACUCGAUCCCAAGAGGCAACUCAACACCGUCAGGGUGAUACAGCGCAACCUAGUCUACGUCACCAACCUAGCACUAAGUGUUGCCAAGCCAGAGACCCUGAAGAAGAACGAAUACUUUGGUCAGUACGGCAAGAUAAUGAAGGUCGUCAUCAAUAAGAAUCAUAUAUACAACGUCAACUCGCCUCAUGGCGCAUGUGUCAGCGCCUACAUCACAUAUCAGAGGAAAGAGGACGCCUCGACCGCUAUUCAAGCGAUCGAUGGUCUCACAAUUGAGGGCCGAACCUUGAGGGCCUCGUUCGGAACAACAAAGUACUGUUCAUAUUUCCUUCGCAAGCUUACGUGUAAUAAUCCCGAUUGCAUGUAUCUCCAUGAGUGGGGACAGGAGGACGACAGCUAUUCUAAAGAGGACAUUGCUGGACUAAGCAAACAACAUCACAGUCAUGCAGAAGCCAACCAAACUACAUCGACUCCAUCCCUGUCUACGUCCACUCAAUCCACAACAUCAAGUUAUAAGAAACCACUUACAACUUCAACGCCUGGAUGGAAAGAGUCGUCUUCUUCCGUGCCAUUAUCAUCGACACCUCCCGCCAACUCUUUAAAUUCUUCGAGUUCCACUCUUCCGACUAAAACAUGGAAUAUCACCAAUAGUUCGUCAUCGACGACACUGAAUCCACUGGAGUGGCCAUCGGCGGCAGAUUCGCUUACAAUGACCUCAUCAUCGUCGCCCCCACCACCACCUCUGAACAAGUCGCAGGAGCGAGUGCUGCCAGUGACUGCAUCCUGGGGCUCAGGAGUCAAGGCGUCCAGACAGAUCAGCUCGUCCGAACCCAGCGAGGUGCCCGAGCAACAGCCCUUCCCACCCCUGUCCUCAUCAUUUACAAAUAUACCAAUCACCGUGGUCACGCCCAAGACAAAGAAGGAUAAGAGUGCCGCCGCCCAACUCAACACCUCCUCGCCAGUCCAAUCAACUACUCUACAGCAACAACAGCAGCAACAGCAACAACAACAGUUACAGCAACAAAAGGAGAGAGAGCAACGCGAGAGAGAGCAACAGCAACAACGUGAGAAGGAGCAACGUGAAAAGGAACAGCGUGAGCGUGAGAUGCAACUGGAGAGGGAGCAACAAGAGAGAGAGCAACGCGAGAAGGAACAGCGUGAGAAGGAGCAGAGAGAGAAGGAACAACGCGAGAAGGAACAGCGCGAAAAGGAACAGCGUGAGAAGGAGCAACGUGAGAAGGAGCAACGUGAGAAGGAGCAGAGAGAGAAGGAGCAGCGCGAAAAGGAGCAGCGUGAGAAGGAGCAGAGAGAAAAUGAACAACGCGAGUUGGAAGAGAAGAUGGCAAAGGAGAAGCAGAAGCAGCAACAAAGACAACAACAAGCUGCCACCGCACAAAAGUCAAAGACCAUAUCGAUCGACAACAAGUAUGUCAAUGGCGGCGAGCCGAUCGCUAGCUGGGAGGGCCUGAUCCCCGACGACCAGCAGUCCGACGUCAGCUUUGACUGGCUCCCACUCAAGGGCAACAGCCCACAGUCGUCCAAGAUGAUCGACCUCCUCAUCUCGGAGCAGCAGCGCUCGGAGCAGCGCAGGAAGACAUCGCGCUUCGGCUUUGCCAAGGACAAGGAGAGCAGCACCGGCGGCAUUGGCAGCGGCAGCACCGGUGGCUUCCCGGUCUCCAACAUGCCCACGUCACCUGUGAUCACACCCGACUCGUUCCUGUCGUUCAAGAGCGACUCUGUUACCCCACCCGCCCACCACCUGCUUGGUAGCAACAACAACAAUCCGAUAUACAACUUUAGCAACAACGAUGGCUCCAACGAAUCGUUUAUGAACGCUGGCCACUUCACCCCGAUGCCAGGCGACAUGAACAACCUGCACCUCGGCAACUCUGCCUCCAACACGCCGAUUUCCAACAUGAACAACAACAACUCGAUCGAAGACUCACAGCAGUUGUUCCGUUCGUUGUUCCCCUCGAUCAACAUCAAGUUCUCACAAAACAGCAACAACAACAUGCAACAGCAACAGCUACAGCAGUCCAACGAAUCCAAGGCCAUGUUCCAACAACAGGACCCCUCCUCUGGCCUCGAGCAAUAUAGCAAUUGGAAGCCUCCUGGAUUUGGUCCCAACCUGCGCAAGUCUGGCACAACCGGCACCGUUUCCCCGCCACCAGGAUUCGUCAACAUGCCCCCUGGCCUUGGCAUUGGCAUGGACAUCCCCAAGCCCCCACCUGGCUUCCUUUCGACGCCGCCACCCCCAGGCUUCAUGGGCCAGACCCCGCCUCCAGGCUUCUCCACACUCCUGAAACCACCUGCCGUCGUCGAGGACGAUCUCGACUCGCUGGACAAGAAGGACAAGAAGAAGGAUGUGCGAAAGGUUAAGAAGGACAAGCUGAGGUCAGAGAUGGACAUGACGGAGCUUCAGCAACAACAGCAGCAACAGCAGCAACAGCAGCAGCAACAACAGUUACAACAACAUCAGCAACAACAACAGCAACAGCAACUCCAACAACUACAACAUCAACAACUGUUACAAAUGCAACUUUUACAACAACAACAACAGCAGCAGCAACAUCCCAACCUCCACCUUUUACUCCAACAGCAGCAACAACAGCAGCAGCAGCAACAGCAGCCAGUCAAGCGCGUCGAGGACCUCUUCCUGAACCUUGGAUUGCAGCCCAACCAAGCCAACCCGAUGGGCGCUGCUGGCCCUGUGCCCCUUUUCAACCCGUAUCUGAUGCAACCGCCUCACAUUAAACAACCGCCACCUCAACAACAACAGCAACAACAACAACAACAACCUCCGAUGCCACUCCCCUUCCCCUACACCUUUUCCAACAGCUUUCCCCACCUCGGCGCCCCACUGCCACCCAGCAAUAGUGUUCCACCUCCAGGCAUACCCUUUAACUUAUUAAACCAACAACAACAACAGCAACAACUUCAACAACUACAACAGCAGCAGCAACAGAAGCAACAACUGAACAACUCCAAUCCCAACAUCAACAAGACAAGCUUUGUCGACUUUUUCAACCAGUUUGAUCAGCAGCAGCAACAACAACUGUUGCAGCAGCAGCAGCAACAUCAGCAACAGCAGCAGCAGCCACAACAACAACAACAACAGGUUGGAUAUGCGUCGGCCAUCAAGGGUAGCGCAGAGGCACUGGAGCAACAGAUUGCCAAUGCCACCAAGGAGUUGAAAGAUAUGGACAAUGCCUGGCAACAAACAAAACUUAGAAACAACAACAGUCAAGCCUAUUACCGAUAG